AUGACAACGAACGACGUGGUAGUAGUGACCGGAUUCGGACCUUUCGGCUCAUUCACCGAGAAUCCAAGUUCACUAAUUGUUGAUGAAUUGUCUCAAAAGAAGAUUCCAGGUUUCAAUGGAAAACUUGUGACAGAGAAAAUGAGUGUAACCUAUGCAGAUGUCGAUGAAAAGGUCCGCCGAUUAUGGUCUGAGUACUCUCCUAAAUUGGUUGUACAUAUUGGAGUACAUGGAGAAUAUCAUCACAUAAAACUGGAGCAACAAUCAUUCGGUCGCGGAUACUGUAGAUAUGACGUCGACGGAUGUGUACCUGUCAACAAUAUCUGCACAACAUGUACGGAACCUAUUUUACGUACUUCCAUUAACUGCGAACAAAUCGCUUCAAAGGUCUCACAAGAUCUCAAUUUGAAACAUUUGAAAAUCACCGCCUCCGAUGAUCCCGGAAGGUACCUGUGUGCGUACUCGUUUUACGUAUCACUUUCAAUUGAUGCCAGUCGAUCGAUAUUCAUCCAUGUGCCUCCGUUCGAUUCCAACUGCACCCUUGAGAUGGUCACUGCAGCCGUCCAGAGAACGAUCUGUACUAUACUGAAUACACUCGAUGCAUGA